AUGUGGACAGCACCCGUUGCAAUGGGUCUCCAGUACGCAUUGUUGUUAGCAGUUGUCGCCGCGGUUGAGGCCUGGCCGCAGUACGAGAAAUGGACGCCGGAUUUUCACUGGACGAGAAAAAUGACCAUAAAAAACCCGGAAAACAACCCUACCUUCAACUACGCUGAACUUGGGUCUCUACAAGACGCAUGGCAGGUCCUAGAAGAAACAUCGAAUGAUACGUAUUUUUUGAUGUUUCGCACCGAAGCUCCCAUCUAUGGCUAUAGAUGUGUCUCCCUGACAGGAAAUAUUACAAACAAAAUGAACAAAACUGCAAAUUUUACAAUAACAUUCUACGAUACGGAAAAAAUAAAAUACAAGAGUGUCACGAUUCAAGUGAGAGCUCUCAAGCAACCGGACUACCUCCUUGAAAACGUUGUACGGGCAAAUUUGAAAGGAAAACUCCCAGACGCUACUCCAGUUCCUCCCGGAAGCUACACGUACGCUGAGAAUGAUAACUACAUUUGCUAUUCCAGAAGUACUCCCUUUCCUGAUAGAGUGAAGGCUGUAGAGCGGCUGCUGGGUGCGGAAGACCAUGAUGAUUUACCCAACAAAGUUCUAGACAAAUUGUUUCCCGUUCCGGAAGGUCCUCAAUAUGUUGACAUGUAUGUAGUAUACAACCAGCCGGAAUGUUACAUUCUGAGAAGUCCCGCAACCUUGGGAGGAUGCGACUUGUGGCUAAGAAAAACAGAGUUGAAAAGAAUAGUGAAUGACAUGGAGAAUCAGAUUCUAAAAAAAGAAUUGGAACUGAAGAAGGAAAGUGAAAGGGAAUAUGGAAUUUAUGAAAACUGUACUGCAACAGAAAGCCAAGAAGAUGACGUAAACUCCGACGUAGAAGAUGGCAUUGAAAGAUGGUUUCAAGAUAUUGCAUGGAAACAGGUUUCCCCCAACUGCAUUCUUGCUUUCAUGCUGGCCUGUGAACAGCCAGUAUUUAGAGUUUACAAUCCGAUAACUUGUAAUAGCUCACUGACAGAGGAAUACGUGCCAUAUUCCUAG